AUUAGGAGAAUUAUUUGGCUUGAAAAUUACAGUGCAUAUGAUGAAAUACUAAAACAUUGCUCCGCAACUGGGAUUUGGACUUUGAGUGGCAAUGACAUAUGAACCCCUGCAUGGUUUUAAAGUGUGCUAUUUUUGGCAGCUGGGUGUUGGCUUGUCUCCUCAGUAGCAGCAGAAAGUUAGUUUAGUGUAUAGAGGAAGGUGAUUUGCAAUGAGAAGACUCCUCUGACACUACUUAUUGAACAUGGGCUGCUGCUUCAGUAAAGAAUUGAGUAACAGCACGAAUGAGGAGAAAACCGGCUUGUUACAAAAAUCUGUGGAAGAGGAAGCACCAGAGUCAAGGAUAAGUAAAACUUCAUCUUCAAUUUUAGGAACUGUGGAAAGCCAGGAUCUGCAUACAGUGGGAAGGACGGUUAAUGGGGCAGCUGCGAUAGUCAGCAUUGAAUGCGUUCGUAGUGAUGAUUACAUAGCGUCAAAUUCUAAAUUUGGGUUCUGGGAUAGAAAAGCAAAAUAUCCGUCGUACAAAAGCGUGGAGAAUGCUCCACAUGAGAGCUCUAGGAGAGCGUAUGACAGACCUUUUAGCUUCUUUAAUUCCUUUAGUCACCUCCUGAAGGUCUCUGGUACAUAUGGAAAUGUGCAGAAAAGUGAAGAAAAGAAAGAUAGGGUUAUUAAAAAAAGAGUACCUAAAAAAUCUAAUAGUAAUGGUCAGCACAUGAACAAUACAGAAAAUAUUAAUAGUAAAAUUAAAAAUGAAAAUGUAGCUGUAGAAGAGCAUUGCUUGUUUGAUCAUAUUUCUACUUCACAUGUACCAGACAUCCUAGACAAAGGCUUACGGGGUGAAAUUUCCUUAAAUAGAAAUUUUCUGGAGGAUUAUGCAGUUACGUGUGACUAUUCAAGGCAGAAUGAAACAACAGUACACGUUGAAGACAGCGAGAGUGACAGCCUACAAAAGGUUUCAAGUUCACAUAGAGAGAUGUCUCCAACAUUUUCCUGUCUUGAUGUAGACGACAGGCAAAAUACAAAAGAUAGGGAGUUUUACAGUAUUUGUGUUGUAGAUGCUGAAGAUCUGAGAGGGGAUGAAGAGGUGCCAGCUACUGCGCAUGAAGAGGCUGCAGCAGACGUAGAUAACUCAGCUGUUACCGAUGAACGAAUGUGCAGCAUGGCACGACCUCUAGACACUGGGGAGGAAUUUCCAAUGCAGCAGUCGGCACAAGUGGAAGCUAAGUUUAAUUCACAGAAAGAACUGUUUGAGUAUAAAAAAGAGGAUAGGUCAAACAUGCAGAAAAAGGAAACAAAGGAAUAUUGUAACAUAGACAUCCAGUCUUCUUAUGAUAACUUACUGGCUAACAGGUGUCAGGUGCGUAGGUUAAAUACUGACAAUACAGUAACAGAUGGCUUAAGAGCGAAAGUAUAUGAUGAAGUCGUCCCUGAGAAUCGACAAGAGGAGGUAUAUACCAUAGGUAAUGCUGUCAGUUGGAAUGAAUCACUCCAUAGAGCUUGUGAUUCUGUAAAAUUUGUAGAUGCUGCUGAAGAGGACCAAUACAGCCCUAAUUCAGAAAACAUGAAACACAGUGGUUGUAUUUCCAGUGUAUUGUUAAACACUGGAAUAUGUAAUUCAGGAAAAAUUGAGGGAAGUCAUGAUUCUGAGAUUGUACCAUUUGGUUUAAAUAGACAUCCCUCAAGUGUUGUAAGGGAAAUAAAUAUUAAACAGAUGGCAGAGAACAUGAGGGGUAACUUCAAAUUAUCAUUAGAGUUACAUGAAAUGGGCAAUGAUUCUUUUUUGGUGAGUCAACGUGUAGAAAAACUUGCUGAAGAAGGCUACUUCCUAAACCCAGAAAGUGAAGUAAACUCAAAUCUGGAAAAGAGAACAUUUCAAAGAACGUAUGGUGAUAGCCAAACAUUUGCACCUGACUCCAGUGAACAUCACAGUGUGUUGGAAGGAUUCUUGAAAGAUAAAGAGAAAUGCACAGGUAUAGUUUUGCAUAGCUGUGAAGCUUUGAAUGUGACUGAAAUGCACGAAAACUUGGAAGAAAGUUCUGAUUUCCAAACUCAAAUUAAGGGUUGCACUGAAAACAAGACAUCAACUGAAGUUGCAAACCAUAGUGGCAUGGAGGAAGAUGUCUGUGUGAGUAUCAUUGAGCUGAAAGGCGACAUGCUUGAGGAAGCUGGUUGCUUGAGUGGAACUCGAUCAUGGGUAAGUGGUGGCACUUUGACAUCUCAUGAACUACGUAACACAAGUGCAGAUGAAAUGUUCCUAAAGAAAAACAGCCUAGAAUCUCAGAUUUCACAAGAGUCAUCAGGGAAUAAAGGUAAAGUAUGCAAAUAUUCAAAUUCAGAUAACAAAAAUGGUGUCUCUUCUGUGUCUAUGGAAUGUGAGGAUAUGAAUAAAAUGGACAUGAACUGUAGACAAGCUGAGGAACACGAUGUAUGUUCCUUCUGUGCAGUGAAAAAUCAAUGGAAUGCAGGGACUGACUCAGCCACAAUAGCUGGGGAUAUACUAGAAUCUGUAAAACAGGCAAAAUCUGAAGGUCACCUAAACGAGACAAUUGAUAACAAGGCAGAAAAUGUAAAACAGAAUUUGGAUGCUAACAUUGUUGAUCAUGAUAAAAACAUCUUAAAUUGCAAUAAAGGCUUGACUCAGGAUCAGAAUACUUACUCUAACUCCACUGUACCUGUAGCUUUGGACAAUUGUAUGUACAAGAGUGUAAAAUUGAUAGAUGACACUAAAAAUCUGAAAGAUGCCAGUAAUCUCUUACAUAAAGCCCGUAAUUGUUUACCUUCAUUGUGUCAAAAUUCAUAUUCUCACGUGCAUAAUAAACCAGUGGAAGAGCCUGAGUUAUGUCACUGUGCCAGUCCAGAGCCAGAGGUCGGGAACACCCAAGUUUCUCUUGGGCCUUUUACUGAAGUAGGAUCAGAAACUCAUGAAAAAAGUAUGUGUGAUGUAAAUGAAUGUAACCUUCGGGAUGGUGAAGUAAAACAGUGUGUCAGCAUCCACUCAAAGGAGGAGAACCUCACUGGUUUUAGUAUGACAGCUGGCAAUCUAGAAGCUUUUACCAUGGGGAAUUUAAAGCAGUUAGAAGCCAAGACUACUGAACUGAAAAACACCAGUUACAUAUUAAAUACUCAAAUGAAUGACUUGACCACAAGUUGGGAACAGAUGCAGUCAGAUCACAAGAUUUUUUCAAACAAAGAGCUUGGAGUUUUUGUUGACCCAAAGCAGGUAGACAAAUACGCUGCUACUCCUUCCUAUGAAAUACACAGUGCCUCUCCUGGUGCCGCAGGAUUUCAGCGAGGCAGUGAGCGGUGUGUAUUAGAUCUGAUGCAAGACGUAUCAAGUGACCAAGAGCACUCCUAUGAACUGGACAGACAAACUCCCCAAGUUGAAAUAUGGUCGCAUUUCAUUAGUCUUCAGACUGGCAAUGCUGAAUGGACAAAUCAGCUAUUUUCUGACACCGUCAGUGCUGGUAAUGGUGAAUAUCUGAUGAGCUUUUUAUGGAAUAAUACAAUUUCUAACACUACCGUGAAGAAUGACAGACUAUGUAUAGUUAGUGAAAACUUCCAGGAUGAACCUGAAGAUUUAACAGGUGCUUCAUAUGCAGUGGGAAGAUACCCGUAUCAGCUGCUAGCACCAGAAAACUUUGGUACUUGGGGAUGGCAAGAUAAAAAUGAACUUGAGUCAACCAAGGUUUCUGAGUUAAAUCCUAAUGCAAAGGUGUGGGGAAAUCAUAUGUUACACUUGGAAGCAAGUGGUGCCACUGAUGGUAGCGUGAGCAAAACGUGGGAAGAAAUACCUGACCAACCUCCAGAUUCUUGUAAAGAAGGACUGGAUGCCAAUGGUGAUGGCGACAAAAAGCAUCAGAAUGCAGUGCUGACAGAGCUGCCGGAGCCGUCACCAGCUGUUUCGGUGUCAGACCAGACAGAUAUGAACCCUUUGGCUCUCGAUCAUUCUGAGUAUGAGUCUAUGCAUGAAAGCACCCAGACAGGUGGAAACGAACAGUUGCAGCCAGAAGGUCAGGAAGAUUUACGAGAAUUACUGAAAAAAACACUGGAAUUCUGCUUAUCUAGAGAAAAUCUUGCCAGUGACAUGUACCUUAUAUCACAGAUGGACAGUGAUCAGUAUGUGCCAAUAAUGACAGUAGCAAACCUUGAUCAUGUCAAGAAACUCAGUACUGAUAUGGAUUUGAUUGUUGAAGUGCUGAGAUCGUUGCCUUUAGUCCAAGUGGAUGAGAAGGGAGAAAAAGUUAGGCCAAAUCAGAAUCGCUGUAUUGUGAUUUUACGUGAAGUACCUGAAUCUACCCCCAUUGAAGAGGUUGAAGCACUUUUCAAAGGAGAUAAUUUGCCUAAGUUUAUCAACUGUGAGUUUGCCUAUAAUGACAAUUGGUUCAUCACGUUUGAAUCAGAAGCUGAUGCACAGCAGGCUUACAGAUACCUUAGAGAAGAAGUGAAAACUUUCCAAGGAAAACCGAUUAAGGCAAGGAUAAAAGCAAAGGCAAUAGCUAUAAACACAUUUUUGCCAAAGAAUGGAUAUAGACCUCUGGAUAUGAACCUCUACACGCAGCAGCGUUACACAACAUCCUUUUACUUACCUCCAGUAUACAGUCCCCAUCAGCAGUUUCCAUUGUACAGCUUAAUUGGCCCACAGACCUGGUCAGCCACGCACAGCUACCUUGACCCUUCGUUGGUAACACCAUUUCCAAAUACUGGAUUUAUCAAUGGGUUCACAUCUCCAACCUUCAAGCCUGCUGCUUCUCCAUUGACUACACUCAGACAAUAUCCUCCCAGGAACAGGAAUCCUAGCAAGUCUCAUAUACGACAUACAAUACCCAGUGCAGAAAGGGGACCUGGGCUUCUAGACAGUCCUACAAUAUUCAACUUUUCUGCUGAUCGUUUAAUCAAUGGCGUCAGGAGUCCACAGACGCGGCAGCCGGGACAGAACAGGACACGGAUGCAGAAUGCUACUACGAGUUAUACCAAGAGGGAAGUAGGAACUGGACGGAUGGAACAGACUAGUGUUGACUCGUCUCCUGGAUUAGGCAGAGGAAGGAAAAACUCAUAUGGCUACCGAAAGAAAAGGGAGGACAAGUUUACAAGAGGCCAAACACAGUCUCCACCACCCCCAAAACCUCCAUCUCCUAGCUUUGAAUUGGGUUUAUCUAGCUUUCCUCCGUUACCCGGGGCUGCUGGCAAUUUAAAAACCGAAGACCUUUUUGAAAACAGACUGUCCAAUGUGGUAAUAGGAACGUCAAAAGAAAGAAACAUUAAUGUGGAUGCAAGUACAAACACUAUUCCAUCGGGAAUUCCUCGAGAGCCGUUGUUGCCAGUUUCUUCUACAUUGCCCAGGACGUUUGAAAGGUCUCCUUCGCCAUCCCAGUCUUCUGAGGACUCCAAGGUUGUGGAUAAACAGCAGAGAGAGACACAGAGUACAGAAAGGCUUUCUUCUUCCACACUCAGUACUGCAUGUAAAUCGGUACAAGUCAAUGGGGCUGCCAUAGAACUGCGAAAACCUAGUUAUGCAGAAAUUUGCCAGAGAACAACUAAGGAUCCUCCUACCUUGCAACCCCAGAAAGAACAGAAGCCAAACACUGUAGCAUGUGGGAAAGAAGAAAGAAAGCCCACAGAAACAAUAGAGAAAAACAGAGAACCUCCUCCUGCAAAGUCACAUCCUGGACAACCCAAAGACCAGAGGAGACAGUCAGGACGCAGAUCGUCCCCUCCAGCCGUUGGCAAACGCUUAAAUAAAGAACAGAAUACCCCUCCAAAAUCUCCUCAGUGAAACUAACACCUGGGAGGGAUUUGAAAAGAGGUCUGCUUCCCACAAAUUAAACCCAUGUUCCCACUAAGAUACCUGAGAAUGAGUUGCUGGUUAAGAGCUUGCAGUGAUACUAGGCAUAUAACAAUGCCUGCAAGUUAUUUUUCUGUGAAAUACUUUUUUCCCCUCUUGAACAAACAUUCUAUUUUUCUGGAUAUUUCUGGAUAGUUGUUCUAAACCUUACAUUUAGGUUGGUGCUUAAUUGGAGGUGAAGCUUAGUGUGAUUAUUUUUUUUCAAGAUGUAAAAUAUUUGUCUUUAAAAAAAAAAAACAACUUUUUAUUAAGCCUCUCUGUGGCUGUGUGAGUGCAAGCUCUGUAUAGUGAGUUUUUUCUAAACUGUUAAGCAGAAAUGUGCUGCUGCAAUAUUUUUAAUAAACUGGUCUGCAAGUACAUAUCUAAAGUGUCCAAAAGACUGAUAACGGCAGCUAGUGUGUAGAGUGCAAGGAAGUAGAUACAUUUUACGAAUUAGUAUGUGACCUUGAAGAUUUUUUUUUUAUUGGGCUGCUGUACUAAGUGUCAGCAAAUGAACUUGCACUUUUAGGUUAAUGAGUAGUUGUUUCUAGUGGUUUUUAAGAAAUUUAAUCUUUUUUUGAUGUUUUGCACACACAAAAUGAAUCCUAGGGAGCACCAUAGCAGUCUUUCUAAAAUACUUCCUUUUUUGACUUACUGCAAGCAAGUAACCAUCUUCUCACUCCAGAAUAAAACUGAUGUUAUAAUUUGCAAAUACAAAGCACAUUGUGAAUAGAAAGAAUUAAGUCUGUGAGCCUCUAUGGUGGUGAAGCCUGUUAGUGGAUGUUAUCAGGAGAAAGCACUGUAGCCUUCUUGUGAUAACCUUAGCUUCCCUGUGCUUGUAAGGGAGUUAACUGAGUCAGCGCUGUACGUUCUGGUUACCCCUGUGCUCUGUGUUAGACUUUUUUUUUUUAACUCUGCCCCAAGUGCUCUUUGAAAGAGUUCAUAUCUUAGUCAGCCUUGUGUUGACGUCUUCCUGUAACUGCAAGCAUUGGCAUACGGAUUUAAAUUUUUUUCAAGACCUGAGAUAAUGGUGUUUGUUUUGUGUGGUGGAGGAAGAGAUCCCUGAUACUUACCUCUGGGAUGAGGUUUCUCACACUUACUUACUUUAGAAGUGAUGCGCUUUCUGAAGGACAAGGAUGCACUAAAUUAGCAAGUUUCUAAUAAAGUUGAAUAUAAAUUAUUUUUGUUUUAAAAUGCCUAAAGUUUUUCUUUAAGUGUUUAAACUGCAGGAAGUUCAGACAAAACUCAUUCCUGCUGACUAUGACAGUACAGUUUAUUCCGCAAAAAUGUUUAUUUAAACAACUGAUUUUUUUAAAGAAUUAUUUCCAUCCAAUAUUUAAAGACUUGAAUUUUAUUUAAACUUGAAAAUGACUUUGCCUUAACUUUUGUACAAGACAGCUUAGAGUUAAUGAGGUCUGACCCCGUGGAGGGUUAGCAUGAGUGGAAUACAGAAUUACUCAGUUACAGUAUGUAUCUAUUGUCACUGGUCUUACUGGGUAAACAUACUGUAGUACAGGAACUAGCAGCAGUUUUUGUAAUAUACCUUAAAGAUCUUAAACAGUUGAUCUUUUUCAGAUUGUUGAAAAACCUGUAAAUGCAAAUAGUCAAUACUGUAUUAAAUAUGUGCACUUGGAAGUGUGUGCUUUGCUUGUACAGUUGUAAAUAAUCAGAACAUAUAAAAAGGUACCCUAAAGAAAAAAUCUGAUAAAAAUUAUUGAUAUUAUAAAUGUUGCUGUUGAGCUGGAUGUAGAUAAACUAAAUGUUGUGGUUUGAAUAUUACUUUAAUUUGUUGUUUUUUCUUUUUCUUAUUUUAUUCUGGUGUGCUGAACUGACUCUGCCUCUUGGCUGCAAAAGGGAAAUGGAACGAAAGUCUUAUUUGAAAGCCCUCAACUGUUUUCCUAAGACCCUGUAAAAACAAGCGAUUUAACCAAUUCAAAAGUGUUCUGCAAUGUAAAUAGUGAAUUUCAGCAGUCAAACUGUAAUUUUAAGUCAUUAAUAAAAUCAAAUUUAAUUGGAAAAAAACUUUAGACUGCUACAAAAAUAUACACUGAAGCUUACUUGUCUGCUUUCAAGAAUAUCAGUGCUUUCCUUAGUGUAUGAUUCACAGAACUGUAAAGUAACUAUAGAAGUUGACUCCUGAUAAAUUUCCUAUUGCAAGCAUCAAUUGGUAACUAGUUGACCUUUUAAAUCCAGCCUGUUGUAUGCUGCAGAAUUGGUCAAAAUAGGGCAUGCUGGAACCUGUUGAUUUUUCUUGUUUAAAAAGCGCACUUUGCGAAUGCUGUGGGAGGAGAUAGGACUGGGACAAUGUCACCAAAACUGCUCAACUAGUUCUGUCAUUGGAUUUUUAAUAUGCUUCUCCUUUCCCCAGUGGCAGUGAAAAUGGUAGCUAGAGUUGUGUAUGGUUUAGGCCAGCUGUAUGAUUCAUUUUGUUUGUCUGCUGCAAGUGAAAGGCUUACCAGCUGCAAACAAUCACAAGUGGUUCCUUACAGCGACUGUGUACAGCUAGUCAUAAUACUCAACUGGUACCUAAGGUGAUAUAUUGAGACCAGUGGGAUGUGUUGUGCUGUUCUAAUGUAUUCUGCUGCCAUUUGUGCUAGGUCAAUACACUGUAAUUACUGCUCACCCAGCAACAGUCUGUUGCAUCGAAAGUUUAAACCUUCUUCUGAUGUGGUUUUUAUAGCUUUUUUUAAAAAGAAAAAAAGUGACAUGCCAAAUAGCUGUGUAAUAUACAACUUAUCCUUACUGCAUUUUACUUUGGGAUUUUUUUUUUUCCCACUCAGUGACAAAAUGGAGUUUUCGGAGUAGAGUUGUGAAGUUGCAUGCAGACUGUUGCUACGAUACAUAGAGAGAUUAAAAUGUGGCUUUUAAAAUGAAAAACCUCCCAAAAGCAGUAGCUGAGUUAAAGGUUCAGGGAUAUGGUAAUUAAAAUCGGUAUUUUACCGUCUAGGACUGUGUGGUGAUGCUUUUCAUUUUGAAAACAAGUCAAAAUGGGAUCUGAGACUCUUCUUCCAGGAAUUUAAAAAAAAACAAAGGUUGCUUUUAAAACUGAAUGUUGUUUCAGAUCAGUCCCCCGCCAUGACGCUGUCAUUUGCCACUUAGGAAUCUGUGUGUGAACAACGGCAAAUUUUUUAACGUUGCUGCGUUAUCCUUCAAAGACUUCAGCAGUUGGCAUAGAAAGGCCCUUGUUUGAGUGUGGUGCAGUGUAUCACGAGCAACAGCUGACUGUAAUGGUGCAUACCUAUCUCUGUAUCUCCUUCAGCUAGCUACAGUUAGGGAUUUUUAUGUGCUUUGUAACCUAUUACACUAAUAGCAGCAGACAAUCGAAGAUUUCUAAGGAGACCUAACAGCUGCCAAUUCAUGAAAUAGAAGUGUAAUAUGGGAGCCUUCUUGAGGGUUUUUGUUUUUGUUCUUCUUCCAUUAAGACUGGAAUCAAGCUUACAUGUAAACUAUCAGUAAUUUAAGUUUCCUUUUGUGUCAUAAAAUGUAAAACUGUCUAAUUUGAAAAAAAUAUGUAGGUUAUGAAAAAUAAAGAUUUAGGCACUGUUGAA